AGGAUGCAAGACCAAAUCAGGACAAGAUGAUCACCUAAAAAUUCUGGUGCCCCUCAUAAGAUCAUAUAUGUGAUGAGAUUUUUCUACAGCACACAGCAUAAAAUAGGCUUUGCCAGCUGCAGCUUCAAUUUCUCAGAAGAUACCAGUGUGCUUGCGUAAAUUUGUUUAAUGAAACAUAUGUGGCUGCUUGAACAUCUCAAAUCCCAAACCAAUCCUCUUAUAGAAUUCAGAUGAAGAUAAGGUAGGGUUAUAAACUAUCUGAAAACCUCCCUCAAUUAGUUGCAAUUGCACUGUUCAAUGCCAUGAAACUCCGGCAUGCGCAUUGGAGAUGAAAUUCCGAGCGAGUUUAUUAUAGUUCCAUCCAUCAAUCUCGGCAUGUUAUUCACUUCUGAAAAAUGUCUCUAACAAUCAGCACAAUGUCAGAUUCCAAAUUUUUCCCUACUCAUGCAAGCAUCAUGUGAAGUUGGGUGGCAAAUGGACUAAAACAAUCAGGUUCAUAACAUGUCCUAAGCUAGGGUCAUAUAGUGAAAUUAAUAUAACAACCCAGUAUUAGCUGGAGGGUCUUCUUCUCUCUUACGUAACUAGUAUAAUAAUGCUAUCUUGACAUCAACAAACAUAAAAAAGCACUUGUCCGUUCCAUGAACAUGCAAAGCCCCUCAAUCCAAUCAAUGAAAUUGAAUAAUGUUCAAGAAAACACAGCUGGGUUUGCAAACUAAAGAAGCAACCUUUUUGGACUUUGGACUCAACUCUUAGAAAGUGUAAAAUAAUAGACCAAGCAUAUUAAUUAGUGAUUUCAUGUGGUAGGAUUUUGUUGAACUGGCAACAGUUUACAAAGCCUAACACAUGGUCAGUUCUGUCUAAAAGGGAUAAGAAGCAAAUUCUCCACCCCUCCAUUCCUACUAUAUUGUCUCUCCUAUCAAAUCCAUUACUAUUGCACUCUUCCCCACCUCGUCAUUAGGGCAUGCCCUUUUAGUCUUUCUUCCUCUUUAUAUGUCACACAUCAGUGUUAAGGAGAGAUCCAAGAGAAUUUAGCAUUAGAAGCUAUAGAGAUGGAGUGGUGGAGAUGUCUGUUUGUGGGAAUGGUGAUGCUGAUGGCUGCAGGGAGUGGAGAAGCACAGUUAUCACCAACCUUCUAUCAGUGGACAUGCCCGAACGUGGAGUCCAUGGUGAGGGAGGCAGUCCAGAAGAAGCUAAGUCAGACGUUUGCGACGGUGCCUGCGACCUUGAGGCUCUUCUUCCAUGAUUGCUUCAUCGAGGGUUGCGAUGCAUCGAUCAUGAUCGCCUCUCCGAGGCAUGACGCCGAGAAGGAUGCACCUGACAAUCUCUCCCUUGCCGGCGAUGGCUUCGACACUGUCAUCAAAGCCAAGGAAGCUGUGGAAGAGCAAUGCCCAGGCGUCGUCUCCUGCGCUGACAUCUUGGCAAUUGCCGCGAGAGAUGUUGUAGUUCUUUCGGGUGGCCCGAGCUUUACAGUGGAGCUUGGCCGGCGUGACGGCCGCAUCUCCGAGGCUGGGCGUGUCUCAGGGAAGCUCCCAGGCCCCGACUUCAACCUCGAACUCCUUGCUUGGAUCUUUGGAAAGAACAACCUCACCUUGUUCGACAUGAUUGCACUCUCCGGCGCCCACACUCUAGGCUUCUCCCACUGCAGCCGCUUCGCCAAGCGCCUCUACUCCUUCACUCCCUCCUCCCCUGUGGACCCGUCGCUGGAUCCCAAGUAUGCCCGGCAACUGAUGCUCGCAUGCCCGGAGAACGUCGACCCUAACAUCGCCGUCGGCAUGGAUCCGUUCACGCCGAACACCUUCGACAACAUCUACUUCAAAAAUUUGGUGAAUGGUAGAGGGCUGUUCACCUCCGACGAGGUGCUGUUCACCCAGCUGCUGUCCCGGCCUGCUGUGUACAACUUUGCAGUCAACCAGGAAAGCUUCUUCACGGCCUUCGCAUCGGCAAUGGUCCGGCUCGGAAGGGUCGGUGUGAAGAUAGGUGAUGAAGGUGAGAUUAGGAGAGAUUGCACAGCCUUCAAUUGAUCAUAGGCUGUAGCAUGAUGGUAUACAUGAACAUUGUGACCGUCGUUAGAUGAUGGACUUUGAGGUCUAGAUCUAUGAGAUGGCUGAUAGUAGAGAAUAAGUUCCAAUACAGCAACUGCUUUCCUCAUCUUCCUCCAAAACUAAAAGAUGGAUAAGAGGCCAUGGAGAAGGCAAUUCAUGAACUCUUCCUUCAUAAAAACACUACGCCUUUGAAAA